AACCACACACAACAUAGGAAAGACACACACACACAUCGAAGAAAAAGAAAGAAAAAAAAAAUUAUUAAUGGCAACUCUAGGUGGUAUUACUGAGGUGGAAUAUACACAGAACAGCGUUGAAAUCGACAACCUUGCUCUCUUUGCUGUUCAAGACCACAACAUCAAACAGAAUGCAGUUCUGGAAUUUGUGAGGGUGUUAAGUGCAAAGAAGCAAGUGGUUUCUGGAACCUUGUACUACAUCACUUUGGAGACAAAGGAUGGUGAUAAGCAAAAGGUGUAUGAAGCCAAAGUUUUGGAAAAGCCAUGGUUGAACUUCAAGGAGGUGCAGGAAUUUAAGCUUGUUAGUGACAAUGAUGAUGCUCCUUCUGUGUCUAGCACUUAGCUAGGUUACUAAAUGUCAUGCUUUGCUAGGUUGGCCAUGGUGCAAAUAUCAGGAUAUCAAAUAUAUAUUAUGUGUGUAUAUGUUGAAUAAUGAUGCAUACAUUUGGCAUCUAAUAUGUGCAAUAACUCAUGUCUAUUGUGCUUCAAUUUAACCUUCUAUUUGAUUGCUUUUUAUGGUAGAUAUUGUCAUUCGUUCAGGUCGGAGAUUUGCCAAGUCAAUUGAUGUUUGUAAAUAGUUUGUGAAAUAAUCGAGGUUGUAUUUGACUUUGAUAAUAAGUGUUUUAUAUUAUUACAAA